CCCUCUCACCCGCAUCGCAUCGCAUCGCAGCUAUCAGCGCCACUCCUCUUCAAUUCUCACGCACUCUCCGCUCCAGUGACACACACACACACGACCGCUCGCUCGUUUGCCUUGCUGCUGCCUUAGCGAGAAACCGGGAGUUAGCGAGCGAGCCGUCGUCGCCGGCGAUGAGGCAACAACAAGCGGGAGGAGUUGGCGACGGGGUGAGCCCGGGCAAUGUCCCCGUGUGCUACUACGGGCCCGGGGGCCGCGUGCCGUCGUCGCUGGAGCGGCGGGCGCGCGCCGCCGAGGUGCUCCUGCGCUGCGCCGCCUGCGGCCUCGCCGUGCUCGCCGCCGCGCUGCUCGGCGCCGACCGCCAGACCCGCGUCUUCUUCUCCAUCCAGAAGGUCGCCCGGUACACCGACAUGCAGUCCCUCGUGCUCUUGGUGAUAGCAAAUGGGAUGGCUGCGUGUUAUAGCCUAAUCCAGUGUGCAAGAUGCUUGGUGAGCAUAGUGAGAGGUGGUGUCCUUCUCAGUAGGCCCUUGGCAUGGGCUAUCUUCUCUUGUGAUCAGGUGAUGGCGUACAUAGUGAUCUCAGCGGUGGCCGCGGCGAUGGAGGCGGCGCUGAUCGGCAAGUACGGGCAGCCGGAGUUCCAGUGGAUGAAGACGUGCCACCUCUACAAGCGGUUCUGCGCGCAGGCCGGCGGCGGCGUGGCGUGCGCCAUCGCGGCCAGCGUGAACAUGGUCGGCGUCGCGCUCAUCUCGGCGUUCAACCUCUUCCGGUUGUACGGCAACAGCAACGGCGGCGGCAAGGCCACCACCACCACCAUGGCGGGCGGCAAGUGAAGCGAGCCAGACCAAGCUGUUGCUUCUUCUUCCUCCUCUCGCUGCUGUACUGCUGCCUAGCUGCCCGUACUUCUCUCUCAGCUCUCGUAGGUUUUAACACCACAAGUAGCCAUGGCCACCACCAUUUGUGUUUUGAGCUUUUGGGACACGACCGGUGUAUAUGAUGUGAAGUGAUCCGCGGGGGGGGGGGGGGGGGGGGGGGGCGUGUUUGUAGUAUUAUAUGAUACUGUAAUAAACAAGCGAGAAAGCGAUGUAUCAGUGUGGCCGCUGGCACGAUGGCAGCAGGGCUAGCUAGGCAAAUUUACUCGGUUAGGUGCUCGCUGCUGCUGCUGUGACAACCUUUACUCUGUUUGGUGUUCCAACUUCCAACUUGGAAGCCAUUUAUACUGGCUCGAGGCAUGUGGUGUUUCAAUUAUGGGGUUGGGUAAUUGUCCUAGUCUGAACAAUAGACCGGUAAAUCAAGUAUGGUUGGCUCUUCUUCUCAA